UUGUCCAAGUCAACAAGCUUCUUGAGUUGUGUUGUGUUAGAAACUUGGAACAUUUUUGUUUGUUCGUCCUCGUCCUCUUUCACCAUAGAGAAGAAGAUUUUAAAAGAAUCUGUCUCGAUGCCUAGAUCAAGAACUUGUGUCUUAAUUCUCUUAUUGCCUCUAGCCUUUGUCUUCUACCUGUACAUGUCCCUGCCUUCUCCAGCUAUUGUCGACCAAUCAUCAUACAGCUCCAUCUACCACAUCUCUGUUAAGGACAUUGAAGGGAAUAAUGUGAGUUUAAGCAAGUUCACUGGAAAGGUGCUUCUUAUUGUCAACGUAGCCUCUAAGUGUGGUUUAACACAAGGAAACUACAAAGAGCUGAACAUUUUGUAUGCCAAGUACAAAACCAAGGGGCUUGAGAUCUUAGCGUUUCCGUGCAACCAAUUUGGAGGUCAAGAGCCAGGUAGCAACAAGGAGAUUAAGGAAAACAUUUGCACAACCUUCAAAGGAGAGUUUCCCAUCUUUGACAAGAUUGAAGUGAAUGGAGAGAAUGCUUCACCUCUAUACAAGUUCUUAAAAGAACAGAAAGGCGGAUUGUUUGGGGAUUCUAUCAAGUGGAACUUCGCAAAGUUUCUUGUAGACAAACAAGGGAAUGUUGUGGAUCGAUAUGCUCCUACAACAUCACCUCUUGAGAUUGAGAAGGACAUAGAGAAGCUGUUGGCAUCUGCUUGAACAUAAAAAAAAAAUUCAAGUUAGAAACUUGGGAUGCAACUUUUGCCAAACUCUUAGGAACAGUUAGGUUGUAAUAACUCCGAACUCUUGUGUGGAAACAAAGAAGCAUCCUAAUCUUGUGAAAGUUGUACAUUUUUUAAUUAAGAACAAGAACACAGCAAUAGUUUCUCUAUAGACUUAUGAUGUGGACCGGUUUGGUGCAAGACAGGAGAGAAGAAGCAUGGAACAUGUCCGAGAUUGAGAAUGAAAGCCACUUUUAUAUACUGAUUCUCUUUAGAUGUAUGCUUGUGUGAACCAUGUUCUUUGUACCAAUCUUCAUCAAAAGAAUAAAAUUUUAUUUUAUUUUGCUCUUA